AUGCUGACUGCCUACACUAACGCCUACCGAUGCCUGGCCAAGGACCUGGACGUGUACGCUAUGAACGCGGAGAUGACGAUGGACAACAUCGCAGGUCUGCAUGGCGGGGUGAGCGUGGGGGUGGCGGCCCAUGAGGCGGACAUGAUGAGCGGACACAGCCCCCACAGGGCCGGGGGGGGUUCGGCAGGGGCACCAGGGGGGGCUGUGUCCGCCGCGUCCAGUCUACGGUUACACCAGGACCUCGCCUCGCGCUCCGCCAUGGUGUCCAGCAUGGCCACCAUUUGGACGGCUCCGGGGGACUACCGGCCGGAGCUAUCGCUGCAGCCGCUGCACCACGCCAUGAGCAUGCCGUGCGACACCUCUCCGUCGGGGAUGGGGAUGAGCGGGACGUACACCAUCACGCCGCUGCAGCCCCUUCCCCCGAUCUCCACCGUCUCGGAUAAAUUCCACCACGCGCACCACCACCACCACGCGCACCACCAGCACCAGCGGCUGUCCGGGAACGUCAGCGGGAGCUUCACCCUGAUGCGGGACGACCGGGGGCUGCCGACCAACAACAUCUACAGCCCCUACAAGGACCCCAUGUCCGGGAUGGGUCAGAGCCUCUCCCCGGUGCUGGGCUCUAUCCACAACACCCAGCAGGCGCUCCACUACGGCCCCGCGACGCACGCAGCGGGGCACGACAAGAUGCUGGCCGCCGCCGCCAACUUCGACGCCCACCACACGCCACCAUGCUGGCCCGGGGAGACCCCCCACCAGCACCGUGGCCUGGCGGGCCCCCCGGCCGGCAUGAUGCCGCACUUAAACGGGAUGCACAACUCCGUCGGUGGGGCCACCACCCCCAGCUGCAGUCCCCCUCUCCACGGGCAGGUGUUGAGCUCCAGCCGGGAGAGACCCCCCUCUUCCUCGGGGUCUCAGGGGGGGAACGGCUCGGGCCAGCUGGAGGAGAUCAACACCAAGGAGGUGGCACAAAGGAUCACGGCGGAGCUGAAGCGCUACAGCAUCCCGCAGGCCAUCUUCGCCCAGCGGGUGCUUUGUCGCUCCCAGGGAACCCUCUCCGACCUCUUGCGGAACCCCAAGCCCUGGAGUAAGCUCAAGUCCGGCCGGGAGACUUUCCGGCGGAUGUGGAAGUGGCUCCAAGAGCCCGAGUUCCAGCGGAUGUCUGCCCUUCGGCUAGCAGCCUGCAAAAGAAAGGAGCUGGACCCAAGCAAAGACCGCCACAACACACCAAAGAAGUCCCGGCUGGUGUUCACCGACCUGCAGCGGCGCACCCUGCUGGCCAUCUUCAAGGAGAACAAGCGUCCGUCUAAGGAGAUGCAGCUGACCAUCUCCCAGCAGCUGGGCCUGGAGCUCACCACCGUCAGCAACUUCUUCAUGAACGCCCGGCGCCGCAGCCUGGACAAGUGGAUGGACGAGGGCUGCAGCCCCGGGGGCAUGUCCUCCGCCUCCAGCACCUGUACCAAAGCUUAGGGGGGGGAGGGAGGGAGGGAGGGAGGGAGGGGGAGGGGGAGGGCAGCAGUACCACCAGGGUGAUGAAGAAAAAUAACUUUUUUAAGUUUUAGUUUUUUGUGUGCUUUUUUCAACAAGGCUUCGGAGCGGGGCUGCCUGGUGCAUGCAACCAAAAACACACCAUGUACACCAUCCCAUCUCCUCCACAUCCCAUUGGCCCAGCCCCACGACGUGUCCCGCCCAGCCCACUGGUCUCACGCUCACCCCAGUGCCAGCACCACUGACCCGCCCAGGAGAGGACGCAGAUUAGAUAUCAAGAGGCAGAAGUCCAAUAGUCAAUUUAUGAAUAUGGAGAAUGUUCUAGAACGUUCCCUAACCCCCCUUACGCAUGAGGUACCCCGACACAAUCUUCAACCCGUCAGCUGUACUGUUGAAAUGUUAGUAAUUAAUUGGUAUGGAAACAAAACAUCAAAUCAAUUGAGGAUAACCUUAACAGAGGAACCCAAGUUAAAAGGUUCACAAAUAUGCAAGCACAAACACAAGCACACACGCACACACACACACACACACACACACACACACACACACACACACACACGCACACACACACACACGCACACACACACACACACACACACACACACA